UUCUCUAUUGGAACACGGAGGAUCGCAGUGAGGAGAGGAUACAUUGUAUCAGGGGGAGCUAAUAGCGUAACGGAGUGAAGGAUACAUUGUAUCGGAGGGAGAUAAUAGUGUAACCGAGUGAAGGAAACAUUGUAUCGGAGGGAGAUAAUAGUGUAACGGAGAGGAGGGCACAUUGUAUCGGAGGGUGACACUGUGUAACCCCGGGCCAGCGCAGAGCCGCUACCGCCAGCAGAGCUUCUGUGAUGUGGCCCAAUCUCCCACUGCACUAGAAUGUCCUUUCGUAUUCAGUCUCGGUAAGUUAUGCCUGAAGUUUCCCAAGAUCAAGGCCCUACAGACUUCAGACUCAGUAUGAACGAGGAGCAGUUUGUUAAUAUUGACCUCAAUGAUGACGACAUCUGUGGUGUCUGUAAACUCGAGACUGCGAAGGAGCUGCUUUCUUUUUGCCACGUCUGCUUUGAGCUCAGCAUUGAAGGGGUGGCCAGGGAGAAUCUCCUCCACACUGAAUCAGUGCGUGGUCACAGAGAGUGCUUCGAGAAGUAUCACCUAAUCGCCAACCAGGACCUCCCACAGCCGAGAGUUUUGAAGAGCACCUACAAGGAUGUGAAGGAGAUCCUGAGCAGGAAGAUAAACCGCAUUAUUCAGUACGCACAAAACCAGCACUCGCACUCUGACCUGCGGGAGUGCGGGCAGGGCCAGGUCAAGGGUCAUGACCCCCAGCCGAGCGCACUCAGGACACACUUCCCCCAGGUGAACGGCCUGCAGUUACCCCGGUACUCCCCACGCUGGCUGGACGGGAGCUCGCCGGGAUAUUCCAAGUGCAGGCAGGGGAUUCUGGAGCAGGAUGGGCCGGCAGACUUCCGGCUGGGGAUGCUGGGGGUGGCUGUUGACAGGUUUCCAGGUGUGGACGUUGGCUGGUCGCCUGAGGAGCGGGGGCGAGGGGCAGAAUCUCAGCUCUCAAUGGGAAGCUGUGGCAGAGUGGAGUCCAGAUGUCAUCGCCACUACACCCAAGAGGAGUUGAGUGCUAUGUCGGUGGAUGAUCUGGUGCCAUUGAACGAACAACUCCUCAAACAAAUCAAAGUGGUCUUUGAGGAUCUUGCACAGGAAUUAGAGAAGAAGGACUCUCUCUCCUCCGAGCUCCAUGUACGCUACAUCGCCAUUGAGCAGCUGUUCAAGAACAGGGAGAAGCUGCCCUGGCUGCGAGUGGGACAAGGAGGAAUCAAGCCCAAUGUUCCCCUUGAUCAUUGACUCACAGCUAACAGAUCAGAAAUCAGCUUUACAUGAAAUGGGGCUCCCAGCAGUGUCAAGUUGGACUCUACCACGGGGAGGUGUUUUGUAUGUUUUACAUUUAUAUUUGCAAAAGGUGAAAAAAAAAAUAAUUUAUUUUA